GCCGCGAAGCCACCAGAGAGGCCAGAGCUCCACUCCGCGGGCACCACACGCGAACCAGGCAGAGAGCUAAGCCGAGAGAGAUCGCGAGAGCGAAAGCCUCCACUCCUUUCGCUCGCGAGGGCACUAGCUAGAACCCACGCUAUCCACCAGCGUCCUGCAGCGGCGGCGGCGGCGGCGGCCAUGGCGGGCUCCGGGGAGGAAGCGCGCGUGGUGGUGGACCUCCGCUCGGCGGCGGAGUCGGCGGGCGACGACGAGGAGGUUCACGCCACGCCGCUCCACGAGAUCGAGUCCCUCUGCAUGCGCUGCGGCGACAACGGCACCACAAGGCUUCUGCUGACUAUGAUUCCGCACUUCCGGGAGGUGGUUCUGAUGGCUUUCGAGUGCCCGCAUUGUGGCGAGAGGAACAAUGAGGUUCAGUUUGCUGGACAACUCCAGCCAAAGGGAUGCUGUUACCGUUUGGAGGUCCUGCGUGGACAGAACGAGAUACUGAACCGUCAGGUUGUGAAAUCUGAUUCAGCAACUAUUAAGAUUCCAGAACUGGACUUUGAGAUCCCUCCAGAAGCUCAGCGUGGAUCACUUUCAACAGUGGAAGGCAUUAUUAUGCGAGCUGUUGAUGAGCUGCAGGCACUUCAAGAUGAAAGAAAGAAAGUUGAUCCUCAAAAGGCUGAAGCUAUCGAUCAAUUUUUAACAAAAUUAAGAUCUCUUGGAUUAGGAGAAGCUUCUUUCACUUUUGUUCUUGAUGAUCCUGCUGGAAAUAGCUUCAUUGAAAACCCAAAUGCACCUUCAUCAGAUCCUUUGCUAUCUGUGAAAUUCUAUGAAAGGACACGUGAACAACAAGCAGCACUUGGUUUUCUUGUUGAACCACCUACAGAAGAACCUAGGGAGCAACCUGUUAGCAAUUCUUCAACAGUGGAAGGAAACUCUGAGGUGUUGCAAAAGGAGCCCCAUGGUUCAGUUGGAGCUGUUGCAGGUCGGCGUGCUAUAGCUCAGGGAAACCCCGAUGAAGUUGCUGCAGCGCUGUGCAGAUAUUCAGCACCAGAAGAGGUUGAUACUUUGCCAUCAACAUGUGGGGCCUGUGGAACUGAGUGUGUCACUCGUUUCUUUGCUACAAAAAUCCCAUAUUUUCGUGAGGUUAUUGUUAUGGCAACAACAUGUGACAUGUGUGGCUAUCGCAACUCAGAGUUGAAACCUGGUGGUGAAAUCCCAGCCAAAGGAAAGAAAAUUACACUACAUGUGCAAAAUGGAAAAGAUCUUACACGUGAUGUCAUAAAGUCAGAUUCAGCUGGUGUGAAAGUACCUGAACUCGAGUUGGAGCUAGCAAGUGGAACAUUGGGUGGUAUUGUUACAACAGUUGAAGGUCUAAUUGUGAAAAUAUGUGAGGCUCUGGAGAGAGUGCAUGGAUUCCAGUUGGGUGAUAGCACACUGGAAUGGAAAAAGAAGAAAUGGGAGGAUUUCAAGGAUAGAUUAUCCAAGCUUCUUAGUUUACAAGAGCCAUGGACUUUGAUCAUCGAUGAUGGAUUGGCAGCUUCGUUUGUUGCUCCAGCUACAGAUUCUAUAGAAGAUGACAGCCAGCUAACCAUUGAGGAGUAUGCGAGGAACUGGGACCAGAAUGAGGAGCUUGGCUUGAAUGACAUGGACACAUCGUCUGCUGACGCCGCCUACAACACCGGCAACACCGCCAACCCAUAAUGUACUCGAUGUUGUAACAUGUACUAUUAUCUAAAACUAAUUUUGCUCCAUGUUGUAACUUGUGUGCUAGCUAUUACUUUUCUUUCUCUUACAUUUAACAGGCAAGAUAUUCAGACGGCCAAUUUUACUUUGUGAGGACUGGUUUUUCUUAUAAUUGUAUCCGAGGCCACAUAAUGGUUUGCCAUCGGGUUGGACCAGCAA